AUGAUUGCCAGGCAAAUCCCAGUAUCUGUGGAGCAGGUGGAAAAUAAAACCGUCACAGAAGGUGGUGAUGUGGAAGUGACCUGUAGUGUGACUGCAGGUAACCCUUAUCCAACUUUUAUGUGGACAAAUGUCACGUCUGGUAAGCAUAUCAAGGGAAAUCCAUUGAACAUCAGCAACAUCAACCGAGCUCAAGCUGGAGAGUACAGGUGCACUGCAAACAACACUUGUGGAGAGGCAUUUACAGUGAUGAACAUUAAUGUGCAAUAUGGACCUGAAAAUGUCAUCUUAACCACAAAUACAACAAGCAAAUUAGUGUGUACAGGAGUUGUAAUAAACUUCACAUGCACUGCUGAAGCUAACCCACCAGUACACACUUAUUUGUUGUAUGGAAAUGACACUGUGAUAAAUAAUAUGGGAAUAUCAGGAACUUGGAUUAAAAAGAUGGAAAAUGCUGGCCAGUUUGUGUUUAGAUGCGAGGCAAAUAAUUCUAUCCAAGGGAUCGGAAAAAGUGGCAAUACUACAUUGACUGUUGGUGGUGAGUUUGAAGUUAUUUUCUAA